GAGGCGGAUUGUGGCGUAUAUAAGCUCUACCCUUUCCCGGUCUGAGCAUCAGUUACCUCACAGCCUUCGCAGCUCCAGCAAGUUUUCCUUCAUUGCCGCUCCGAAGACACCGCCAAUAUGAAGAUGUUCAUGGCUGUUUUCAUCCUUGGCUGCGUGGCCUCCUCAAGGGCCAUCUUCUUCGACCUCUUCAAGAAGGAAUCAUGGCAGGCUGAUCCCUGGGUCCAACAGCCUGCUGAUCCUUGGGUACAGCAGCCUGCUGAUCCUUGGGUGCAGCAGCCUGCUGAUCCUUGGGUGCAGCAGCCUCCUGUUCAGCAACCAGUGAAAGAAAUCCCCAUUUUCAAGCCCUACCUGGAAUUCAAGCCCAUCUCCAUCCCAUUCCCUAAGCUGGAACCCGUGCCUGUGGUCAAGCCUUUCCCCAUUCUCAAGCCAGAGUUCGUAGAGGCUCAGGUUCCCCUCUACAAGCCCCAGGUUCCCCUCCCUAACAAGUACUUCAACUUCAACGCUAACGUUGGACUCCACAAGCAGCCACAACAGUACCAACAAGCCCAGUACCACCAGGCUCAGCACCAACAGCACCAUCAGCAACACCUCCCCACCGCAUACCAAGCACCCGAUGCUCACCACCACUAAGGAGGCUACUAAUGCUAUCUCUUCUGAGCACGCGUCUUUGAUACAACUUGAAUACGUCAUAUCAGCUUCAGUGAUACGUUUUUGAUUCCUUUAAGAGGAUGAUAAAACCAGUGUGGUGUUUGAAAUAAAUCGAAUGAUAUAAGCCGUUUGGAAA